AUGUACAUCGUUGAUCUAUUACCUUACAAGCAACGUGGUACUCAUGGUCCACUUCAUUGUGCUUAUGUUCAUGAAACAGUAACAGCUCUUCCUCGUCCAGUUGAUAAAUCAAUGAUAAUUCCGUUUGAAUUAAAAAGAAGAAUUCAGUACAAGGCUGUAUGGAAAAAAACAUUUAUUAAUCCAACGCAUACUACAGAAGCUUUAGAAUGUUUUAAGAAUAUAAAUGACAAUUAUAAAGAGAUAGAAAUUAAUGAAAUUGAUCAUAAUUAUCUUGCAAAUCAUCCAGCUAUAAUUAAUAAGCAAGCUAGUGCUAAUAACGGUGAAAGUGAAACAAUAGAUGGUAGAACUGACAGUGAAGGUAACGAUGUUGUUCGAGAAGCAAUGCAUGUAGAUAAUAACAAUGAUUAUAAUGUUGUUGACACACAAACUGUAGCCGACGAUGUUGGUGAAAGAAACGAUGAAAUUGAUAGUGAAAGUGAUUCAGAUAGUGAAAUACGAGUAGAAGAUACAGAAGAUCCGCGAAGUAAAUUUAAUUUAAGUACACAUUCAUGUUUACAACCUACAGAUUUAGAAAAUUAUGUUUUAAAUCAAAAGAUAGUUAGUCUAGCGCCCACAGAACAGAAUAAACCGUUGUCUUUGUUGAAAGAUCUUACUGUUGAGGCUUUAGCAUUCUCUCAUAUCUUUCCAAAUGAUAAAGGUACAUUUAACAAUCCGCGUGAGAAAAGUCUAUCUUAUUCUUUAUUUAAUACGCGUCUUUUCAGUGCUGAUCUCGCAGAGGAUGCUACAUAUGUUUUUUUUUCUUCAAUAUCU